AUGCUACUCCCCUCCGUGCUUGCUUCCCCCUCCCUGCUUCAUGCUACUCCCCUCCGUGCUUGCUUCCCCCUCCCUGCUUCAUGCUACUCCCCUCCGUGCUUGCUUCCCCCUCCCUGCUUCAUGCUACUCCCCUCCGUGCUUGCUUCCCCCUCCCUGCUUCAUGCUACUCCCCUCCGUGCUUGCUUCCCCCUCCCUGCUUCAUGCUACUCCCCUCCGUGCUUGCUUCCCCCUCCCUGCUUCAUGCUACUCCCCUCCGUGCUUGCUUCCCCCUCCCUGCUUCAUGCUACUCCCCUCCGUGCUUGCUUCCCCCUCUCUGCUUCAUGCUACUCCCCUCCGUGCUUGCUUCCCCCUCCCUGCUUCAUGCUACUCCCCUCCGUGCUUGCUUCCCCCUCCCUGCUUCAUGCUACUCCCCUCCGUGCUUGCUUCCCCCUCCCUGCUUCAUGCUACUCCCCUCCGUGCUUGCUUCCCCCUCCCUGCUUCAUGCUACUCCCCUCCGUGCUUGCUUCCGCCUCCCUGCUUCAUGCUACUCCCCUCCGUGCUUGCUUUCCGCGCCCUGCUGAACUGUUUCUCACCUCUGUUUCCUUGCUCGGUUCUCAUGCUCUCUCCCCCUGCUCUGUUUCCUUGCUCGGUUCUCAUGCUCUCUCCCCCUGCUCUGUUUCCUUGCUCGGUUCUCUUGCUCUUUCCCUCUGCUCUUUUCUCAUGCUCUCUCCCCCUGCUCUGUUUCCACUGCUCGGUUCUCAUGCUAUCCCCCCCUGCUAUGUUUCCCUGCACGGUUCUCAUGCUCUCCCCCCCUGCUAUGUUUCCCUGCACGGUUCUCAUGCUCUCCCCCCCUGCUAUGUUUCCCUGCACGGUUCUCAUGCUCUCCCCCCCUGCUCUGCUUCACUGCUCAAUUCUCUUUCUCUCUCCCCGUGCUCUGCUUCCCUGCUUGUUUCUCAUGCUCUCUCGCCUUCUCUGUUUCCCUGCUCGGUUCUCAUGCUCUCUCCCCCUGCUCUGUUUCCAUGCUCGGUUCUCAUGCUCUCUCCCACUGCUCUGUUCCCAAUGCUCUGUUCCCUGCACUGCUUCCAUGCCAUGUUCCAUUCUGUGUCUGCCCUCCUCGAUGCCCUGCGCUGUUCCCUUCACUGGUUCUCUGCUUUGUUCCAUUCUGUGUCUGCCCUCCUCUGUGCCCUGCGCUGUUCCCUUCACUGGUUCUCUGCUUUGUUCCAUUCUGUGUCAGCCCUCCUCGAUGCCCUGCGCUGUUCCCUUCACUGGUUCUCUGCUUUGUUCCAUUCUGUGUCUGCCCUCCUCUGUGCCCUGCGCUGUUCCCUUCACUGGUUCUCUGCUUUGUUCCAUUCUGUGUCUGCCCUCCUCGAUGCCCUGCGCUGUUCCCUUCACUGGUUCUCUGCUUUGUUCCAUUCUGUGUCUGCCCUCCUCUGUGCCCUGCGCUGUUACCUUCACUGGUUAUCUGCUUUGUUCCAUUCUAUGUCUGCCCUCCUCUGUGCUCUGCGCUGUUACCUUCACUGGUUCUCUGAUUUGUUCCAUUCUGUGUCUGCCCUCCUCGAUGCCCUGCGCUGUUCCCUUCACUGGUUCUCUGCUUUGUUCCAUUCUGUGUCUGCCCUCCUCUGUGCCCUGCGCUGUUACCUUCACUGGUUCUCUGCUUUGUUCCAUUCUGUGUCUGCCCUCCUCUGUGCCCUGCGCUGUUACCUUCACUGGUCCUCUGCUUUGUUCCAUUCUGUGUCUGCCCUCCUCGGUGCCCUGCGCUGUUACCUUCACUGGUUCUCUGCUUUGUUCCAUUCUAUGUCUGCCCUCCUCUGUGCCCUGCGCUGUUACCUUCACUGGUUCUCUGCUUUGUUCCAUUCUGUGUAUGCCCUCCUCGAUGCCCUGCGCUGUUCCCUUCACUGGUUCUCUGCUUUGUUCCAUUCUGUGUCUGCCCUCCUCGAUGCCCUGCGCUGUUCCCUUCACUGGUUCUCUGCUUUGUUCCAUUCUGUGUCUGCCCUCCUCGAUGCCCUGCGCUGUUCCCUUCACUGGUUCUCUGCUUUGUUCCAUUCUGUGUCUGCCCUCCUCUGUGCCCUGCGCUGUUACCUUCACUGGUUCUCUGCUUUGUUCCAUUCUGUGUCUGCCCUCCUCGAUGCCCUGCGCUGUUCCCUUCACUGGUUCUCUGCUUUGUUCCAUUCUGUGUCUGCCCUCCUCUGUGCCCUGCGCUGUUCCCUUCACUGGUUCUCUGCUUUGUUCCAUUCUGUGUCAGCCCUCCUCGAUGCCCUGCGCUGUUCCCUUCACUGGUUCUCUGCUUUGUUCCAUUCUGUGUCUGCCCUCCUCUGUGCCCUGCGCUGUUACCUUCACUGGUUCUCUGCUUUGUUCCAUUCUGUGUCUGCCCUCCUCGAUGCCCUGCGCUGUUCCCUUCACUGGUUCUCUGCUUUGUUCCAUUCUGUGUCUGCCCUCCUCUGUGCCCUGCGCUGUUCCCUUCACUGGUUCUCUGCUUUGUUCCAUUCUGUGUCUGCCCUCCUCGAUGCCCUGCGCUGUUCCCUUCACUGGUUCUCUGCUUUGUUCCAUUCUGUGUCUGCCCUCCUCUGUGGCCUGCGCUGUUCCCUUCACUGGUUCUCUGCUUUGUUCCCUUCUGUGUCUGCCCUGCUCUGUGUCAUGUUCUCCCCGCUUCCCCCUCUCAUGCAUGCUUUCCACCCACUCCAGCCCCGCGUCCCCCUCUCAUGCAUGCUUUCCACCAACGCCAGCCCCGCUUCCCCCUCUCCUGCAUGCUUUCCACCCACUCCAGCCCCGCUUCCCCCUCUCAUGCAUGCUUUCCACCCACGCCAGCCCCGCUUCCCCCUCUCCUGCAUGCUUUCCACCCACUACAGCCCCGCUUCCCACUCUCAUGCUGCUUUCCACCCACGCCAGCCCCGCUUCCCCCUUUCCUGCAUGCUUUCCACCCACGCCAGGCCCGCUUCCCCCUCUCCUGCCUGCUUUCUUCCCACGCCAGCCCCGCUUCCCCCUCUCCUGCAUGCUUUCCACCGACGCCAGCCCCGCUUCCCCCUCUCCUGCAUGCUUUCCACCCACUCCAGCCCCGCUUCCCCCUCUCCUGCAUGCUUUCCACCCACGCCAGCCCCGCUUCCCCCUCUCCUGCAUGCUUUCCACCCACGCCAGCCCAGCUUCCCCCUCUCCUGCAUGCUUUCCACCCACGCCAGCCCCGCUUUCCCCUCUCCAAAAUGCUUUUCCACCCCCUCCAGCCCUUAG